CACAAUCGCAGACGCUGCUGUAGGCACUCACCAUGGGCUCCAAAUAUGGCACGAUCGUCAUGGGCCCGGCUGGCGCUGGCAAAUCGACCUUUUGCGCCGCCAUGAUCCAGCACCUGAGGAACAAUCGCCGCUCAUGUUUCUAUAUCAAUCUCGAUCCGGCGGCGGACGACUUCGCCUACGAGCCAGAUCUGGAUAUCAAGGACCUGAUCACCCUCGAGGAUGUCAUGGAAGAGCUGCACCUGGGACCGAAUGGCGGCCUGAUCUACUGCUUCGAAUUCUUGAUGGAGAACCUCGAUUUCAUUACCGAACCGCUCGAGGAAGUUGGCGAAGAAUACCUCAUCAUCAUUGACAUGCCCGGUCAAAUCGAACUGUACACCCACGUUCCCAUUGUGCCGCAACUGAUCAGGCACCUCACUCGAGGCAGCUUGAACAUCAGCAUGUGCGCCGCCUACCUGCUCGAAAGCUCCUUCAUCGUCGACCGCGCCAAGUUCUUCUCGGGUACACUGAGCGCAAUGUCAGCCAUGAUCAUGAUGGAGGUGCCGCAUGUCAACAUCCUGAGUAAGAUGGAUCAAGUCAAAGGACAAAUCGCGCGGAAAGAGCUGAAGCGCUUCAUCGAUCCGGACACAAGCUUGUUGCAAGACGCGCCCGAAAGUGGUCUGGUAUAUGAGUUCAAAGAGGGUGUGGACAAUGGCGAUCCUGAGGACAAUAGUGUCAUGGCCAAGGAUUCGUUCGCGAAGCUCAAUCGAGCUGUUGGGCAACUGAUUGACGACUUCAGCUUGGUGUCGUUCUUGAAACUAGACGCGCAAGAUGAGGACAGUGUCGGUGCUGUGCUGAGCUACAUCGACGACGCCAUUCAGUUCCAUGAGGCCCAAGAACCACGUGAACCAAAUGAUGACCUCUUCGACCCACCGGAUGCUGAUAUGGGGUGAAAUUGAGUGAUCGAGCAGUCUGAAUACAAUCAUGCGCGCCAAAGCUCUUUCUAGUGUCACGGCACGGCAUCACCGAAGUUCCCGCCCUGACGAAACUCACUUCGGCAGGGUAUAAAUCUGUCAUGAACCGCAGCGGUCUGAUCUGUGCGACCCUCGGAUCACAUGCUACCUUAUGAGCAGAUCCAUGGCAGGAUUUUUGAGCGAGAAGAGCACUGGACAGCCAACUCGGGAACCGAAAUGACGACCAGACAGAGGCUCUUCACGAGACCUUGAUUCUGGAGUCUAUGAAUAUCGACUUGAUGACAGCUUUCGACAUGAGGAACAUGUCGAGAAGCCAAACAGCUACCAGCGCGAUGAUCAUCGCGACUGAGACCCAGGCGAUUGCUUCACUCUGCAGCUCUUCUCCGAGAUAGACGGUACCGAGAACCCAUCCUACAUUCGGGAAAAUCAGAGCUAGCACCACUGUCAGCUUGUGCAAUAUGUAAAGCGUGUACUGGUCUCCUUACCCCACGAA